AGCUGUGCCGGCAAAACAAAUGCGAACGGCGAAAGGAAAGGAAGUUUCGUGAAUAUUCUUAUUCCACGCAAUCAAAUCAUCACCAAUGUUAAGGACGAUAGUAACAUACGAACGUUAUGGAAGAUAGUAACGAAGAGAUCGAACCGUGCCGUGAUAUAGGGCCGCACGAGUUGGUGGAAUCGGUUAAAAGUCAAGCGGUCAUUAAGCUGUCGCAGGUGUAUCUGCCAGCGCACUUUAAGCGGCUGGAGUUGCAGACCAAUCUAAACCAACCGCCGCUCAAUUGGCUGACAACCUCGGAAAGCAGUCAUGGCUUACAUCAAGCGCUUUACCAGAGCGCUGGGUUCGCCAGCUUCCGACUCGGUCAAAUGUUUCCCGACUGCGUCGGACAGGUGGAUGUGGUUUCCGAUGCGGAGAAUAUAAAACAGCUAUUGAAACUGCCGUACAGUGCGCAGAGUGCCAUUAGUAUGGUUGUCCACAAAGUGGGCAAUACUUUGCUGCUGGAUGAAUUCGAUAUACAAAAGUAUUUGCUGCGCAAGGCAGAUGAUGAUUGGAAGUGGCUGCGUACCUUUAUAUUGGAGCAUAUACUGGCCUAUGGUGAUAAGCAGCACAACUAUUGCCUGAAGGAGCGUUCGCGUGAAGCAUUGCAGCGCAAGAAUUUAUUGUCGAAGUUUCUGUAUCACAGCUUAAAACAAACGGAUGGAGAAGAGUUAGCAAAAACACCCACACAGCUGACAAGCCAUCGCACGGGAUUGCCGCUUAUUGGACCAUUGUUGCCGGAACCGAAAAUCGAGGAGAAUGUGCCGGAUCCCAAAUCAAGUCAUGCCUUCAAUCGCAAUGUUGUGUGGACUUUUGAAGAUAUACGAAUGCUCAUCGGCACCGAUAUGCCCAUUUUUGGAGGUCCGAAUCGACCGUGCAUUAGUUUGCGGUUAAGAGAUGCUGCUCAGCCUAUAAAUGUGCUUACUGGUAUCGACUAUUGGUUGGAUAAUUUGAUGUGUAAUGUGCCCGAGGUGAUUAUGUGCUAUCAUUUGGAUGGCAUUGUGCAAAAGUAUGAAAUAAUCAAGACGGAAGAUUUGCCUUAUCUGGAGAAUUCGCAAUUUGCGCCGCAGGUAGUGCGCAAUGUGGCCCAAAAUAUACUCGCCUUUCUCAAGGCCAAUGCCACCAAAGCCGGUCACACCUAUUGGCUGUUCAAGGGACGCAACGAUGAUGUUGUCAAGCUGUAUGAUUUGACCACGCUUUGCCAAACUCAAACAGCAGCAGCCGCAGCAGCUGCAAAGGAGGAGGCAGCAGAGCCAGCUGAACAUAAAACGAACCCCUUUACAGUGCCUGUGGGAAUGCUGCUCUAUUCUGUGGCUCGCAACAUGAAGAAUACUGCCGAGCAUAUAAGUCCCAAGACAGCGGGUAAUAUACGUGCUUUAUUGGAUAACUGUAUUAAGUUAUUGCCGAAGGAAGAGUAUCCACAAAUUGUGAGCUCCUCGCAUUACAUACUCUCCGAUUUACACGUGCCAGCCGGCAUUGAUCCCAAAGCCCCAAAAUUUGAUGAAUUGGACUCGGACACGCAAUCGCUUUACGAUGAUGAUGAGGACGAAGUCGACGAGGAGGAUGAUGUAGAUGUCACUAAUGCUGAGUCACUGGAGUGUGACUAUGGGGAUAGCAAGUACUACCAAAGUGCUGCCCAGAGUGGUGGUAAAGCCAAUGUGGCUGUGCGUCACAUUUGCGAUGCGUUGCGUGACUUUAAGUCGCACACCAAGCAAUCGAAACCAGCACCUCUAAUAGCUAGUACAGUCGAUCGUUGUAAUAUCUCGCUCGCUCACAUUAGCGCUGGCAUCUCGUGCCUGCAAUACUUUAAUGGCAACCAGGAAGAGAAAUUCAUCAAGGAGUCCGAGACACAUGCAAAGCAGGAGGAACGUCAGCGCAUUCUACAUGAGGAGCAGAAUCCGAAUAUGGCCAAGCCCUUUAAUGCCAUACCACUGCCGUAUGAGACGUUGAAGCCCACACAGAAUGACGCUCAAUUAAAGCUGGUGCAGAAACAGCAGAAGAAAUCAAAGCAGAAGCGUCGUAAAUCUGUAGAGCUCCAGCAAAUAGCCAGCAGCCCAAAAGCGGCGGCUAACAAUCAACAGCUCAGCGCAAAAUUCAACAAUCAGCAAUUUGGCAGCUGGAAUGUGCAUCUGAAGCUGUUGUUGCUGGAGAAAGCAUGUCUCACCUACGCUACCCUCGCCGAGCAUCAUUACGAGGCGAAGCGUUACGGUGUGACUUUGCGAGCUAUCGAGUUAGCCUAUCGCUGCCAGCAGGUGGUCAAUAAAUAUAUGACUAAUCUGGUCUCACAGCAGAGUUGUUUGCUGGGACGUGCGGGCGACUGCUUCUUUCAAAUGUCCAAACACUGGUCCGAAAUCGAUGAGUAUCUGAAACAGUAUGAGGAGCAGGACGAAUCGGCACGUAUCAUAGAUGCCGAACUAACCAGUGAGCUCACUGACCCUACAGAGGUGGCAACAGUGCUGGCACCCGUUAAUAACAUGGAACAGAUAAUGUUGCUGAGCUGCAAGUGCUACGAACAGGCUUUGGAGCACGCCCAGGAUGCCGCCAGCAAUGAAUUGUUGCGGCGUUUGGGUAAUGUGCGCAACGAAUUAGCUCUCAAGUACAUGUAUUGGGCGCAAGAGGAGUACAGCAAAGUGGUGCGAGAACGAGAGGCAGGAACUGCAACAACUGCCAAGGCCGAGGAACCACUCUACGUAAAGCUGACUGUAAAUUCAUAUGAUUGUUUAUGCCGCGGCAUUAAGGCUUUCACAGCCGUGCAGGACAAUGUUAAUUUGGCGUUUUUAUAUUGCAAUAUGGGACGUUUUAUGCGUCUGCGCGCGCAUCUUACCAUGCCAAAUGAAAGCGUCAUUGCCACGGAUACACAGAAAUCAUUUUACCAGGAGGCCUUUAAUUAUUACGAAAAAGCUAAGGACUGCCUGGACACGCGCAAGGCCAAUCCGGAGCUCUGGGACUUAGUGCAUUGGGAGCUAUCCACUGCCAUGUUUACGCUUGCAAAGCAACUGCAGGACUUUAGCGCAGCAGAUAAGUCGAAUUUUGCUGAAGCAUCCAAAGAAGUGUUGGAGUUGCUGCAGAAAUCUCUGCAAUUAUGCGAUGUGGAGCAUGCUGGCGCCCGUCAAAUACUCUAUACUUUUCGCUCAGGUCUCAUACACAAGCGUAUUGCUUCCUUCCACUACAGUCAACUGCGUGCCAAUUGCACAGAUCCCUCCCAUAUCUCCAAACUAACGUUGCAGCUGUGCAAAUUUCAUUAUGAAAAGGCCACUCAAAUACUGACAAGUCUCAAGGAAGUAAGCGACUUGUUGGUGGUACAAUUGGAACGCAUUUCCCUACAGGAGUUUUUAACAGAACUAUCCACACAUUGUGGCCAGAAGAUAAAACACAUGCAAGUGGCUUUGGAUAUUUGCUUACAAUGCGAGCUCAUCUUUAGCCACGUCAUUGAGACUUCGUCGAGUGAGAAUGAAACUAAUGCCAACGCUAGUGGGAACACAAUUGGGAGCGUGAUCGAUGAAGACGAGUUCGUAGCACAUCUAUCGCUGUACGAGAGUCGUUUGCAAAACGCUUUGAAAACGCUCAUCAAACUGCUGCUAACCGGCAAGGAUCCAAAGAAGCUGUCGGCAUCGUACAAGCAAAUGUAUAUGGAAACCUUGACUGGGAAACAUGGCAUAGGCGCCCAGCAAGCGACGCUGGUCGAGCGCGCGCACCAUUUGCAAACGCUGUUGCUUAAAUUAAAAGCCAUGUGCGACGCCUCAACAUGUGCCAGCAAUGAGUCGCUAUAGAGCUCGAUAUCGUACGUGUUUUAUAAAAGUUUAUUCACACAAACACACACACACACCCGUACACAAUUCAAUUGCAUUACUUGGCAGUGUUUAUUAAUGUUAAUGUUAGUUAUAAGCUUAUAUAUGUUACGAUUUGAAGUUAACCCUGUCGCCUGCUACAAGGACAGCCGGCCUGUAGUUGCUCCAGGACAUCGUUCAGCUGCACGACGGCUAAGGCGAACAGCAGCGAGAUUUGUAAUAGCUAUAGAAAACAGAAAAUAUUUGUAUUUAUGUAGAAGACUAAGCACAGAGGGAGUAACGAUAUUUGAAGAAUUGUAAACCUUAUUAUUGCUAUAAAUAAUCUCACCUUGCAGCGUAA